UCCUCGUCCCGUCGGAGAAAGAUGCUCUUCGCUCUGCAAAGAUUAUGCUUUAUUUGUCUCCUCUGUAGACUGUAACUCUCGCUCAAAUUAUUCUGCCAUCUAGUUUAUUCUCAGCCGUUUACGAUCGAGAACAUAUCCUGUGGCUUUUCCUGUGUCGCAUCUUUCCAUUUUCAAACUUUCUGGACCCUCAAAAUCCUGAAAAUUUUCACAUUGGCACUCUUUCAUUUUUUCGCGUGUACACCUUUUUAUACUUUCUUUGGGUUAUAUUCCUGCAAGUGAGGUUUCAAGUUGCGCUUUCUAUUGAAAUUGAUCGGUUUGGGAGGGUUGGGUCUUUGUUUUCCAAGAUGGGUACUGCCUCUGCUGGGUGUCCGUUUGGAAUUACUUCUCAUUCCUAUAAAAAAACUAGCGCUUUGCCUCACAGGAUGGACUGCGCAAGCUCUGGUUUCCCUCUUAAUGUCCAAGUCUCGAGAAUUAAUAUCUAUCCUAGUUCCGGUUCCUCCAUUACUUCCAAGGGAGUUGUCAGUCGAUUGGGGUCUUUACCUGAUACUGAUGAUUUCUUUUGGGAGAAAGUCCCAACACCCAUACUUGAUGUAGUUGAAAACCCAAUCCACUUGAAGAAUUUGUCUCCUAAGGAACUGAAACAAUUAUCAGAUGAAAUUCGUUUGGAACUAUCUUCUAUAAUGUCAAAAGCGCAAAAAUCAUUUAAAUCCAGUUUGUCGGUGGUGGAGCUGACAGUUGCAAUACACCAUGUUUUCAAUGCACCAGUUGAUAAGAUACUGUGGGAUGACGGGGACCAAACAUAUGUGCACAAGAUUCUUACAGGAAGGCGGACGCUCAUGCACACAGUGCGAGAAAAGAAUGGGCUUUCUGGUUUUACAUCUCGAUUUGAGAGUGAUUACGAUCCUUUUGGUGCGGGUCAUGGCUGCAACAGCAUUUCUGCUGGGCUUGGUAUGGCAAUUGCUAGGGAUAUUAAAGGGAAACGGGAGCGUAUAGUUGCUGUCAUCAGCAAUGAGACAACCAUGGCAGGUCAGGUCUAUGAGGCAAUGAGUAAUGUGGGCUAUCUGGACUCAAAUAUGGUGGUGAUUUUAAAUGACAGCCGUCACUCUCUACACCCAAAGACUGAAGAGGGUCCCAAGACAUCCAUUAAUGCUCUAUCCAGUACUCUAAGUAGGCUCCAGUCAAGUAAAUCCUUCCGGAAGUUUAGAGAAGUUGCUAAGGGUGUUACUAAAAGGAUUGGUAGGGGUAUGCAUGAGUUGGCGGCCAAAGUUGAUGAGUAUGCACGUGGUAUGAUUGGUCCACUGGGAUCAACUCUUUUUGAAGAGCUUGGAUUGUAUUACAUAGGCCCCGUUGAUGGGCAUAAUAUUGAAGACCUGAUUUGUGUUCUGCAAGAAGUAGCAUCUCUGGAUUCAAUGGGUCCUGUGUUGGUUCAUGUGAUAACAGAGGAAAAUCAGGGACCAGAAAAUAAUCAGAAGACUGAAAUUUCGGGCAAGAAACUUGAAGAUUUAAGUAAUUUUGGUUCAUUACCGUCUAGGAUCCACUCAUUGACAUACAGUGAUUGCUUUGUGGAGGCUUUAGUUUUCGAGGCAGAGAAGGAUAAAGAUAUCGUGACAGUUCAUGCAGGAAUGCAAAUUGAACCAUCACUUCAAUUAUUUCAGGAAAAAUUUCCUGACAAGUUUUUUGACGUGGGAAUUGCUGAGCAACAUGCAGUUACAUUUUCUGCUGGUUUGUCUUGUGGUGGAUUGAAGCCAUUUUGCAUAAUCCCUUCCACCUUUCUGCAAAGAGCUUAUGAUCAGGUGAUCCAUGAUGUAGAUCGGCAGAGAAUUCCAGUGCGUUUCGUCAUUACUAGUGCAGGACUUGUGGGGUCUGAUGGCCCCUUGCAGUGUGGGGCAUUCGAUAUAACAUUAAUGUCAUGCUUGCCAAACAUGAUAGUAAUGGCACCAUCCGAUGAGGAUGAGCUUGUCCACAUGGUGGCCACAGCAGCCCAAAUUAAUGAUCGACCUAUUUGCUUCAGAUAUCCUAGGGGUGCAAUUUUAGGAGUAGACUACUCUAUAUGCAGUGGAAUUCCCAUUGAGAUUGGAAAAGGGAGAGUUCUUGCUGAGGGUAAAGAUGUUGCUUUGCUUGGCUAUGGGGCAAUGGUUCAGAAUUGUCUGAGGGCUCGCUCCCUUCUCUCAAAGCUUGGCCUUGAGGUAACAGUGGCAGAUGCAAGGUUCUGUAAGCCCCUAGAUAUCAAGCUUCUGAGGCAUCUGUGUGAAAAUCACGCAUUUCUGAUCACUGUUGAGGAAGGCUCUAUUGGGGGAUUUGGAUCCCAUGUUGCACAGUUUCUCACACUUGAUGGACAACUCGAUGGAAGAAUUAAGUGGCGUCCAAUUGUUCUACCAGACAACUACAUAGAACAUGCAUCAGCAGAUGAACAGCUUGCUCUUGCUGGGUUGACUGGUCAUCACAUAGCUGCAACAGCAUUGAGUUUGCUUGGCCGCAAUCGUGAAGCCCUCCUCUUGAUGUGCUAGAAAGCUCUACUUUGCUUAUCCUUGUUGGAAUACUAUGAUAGAUUGAAGAACGGGAAGCAGAAGAAAGGGAAAGAUGCUAAUUUAUUACUAAUCAAACAAGAGAAGAAAGGAAAAGAUGUAUUGAAGCUCAAUACAGCAUUGUCUCUACCAAGUUUUAGUUACUGGUUCUAGUAAUCUGUGUCUCUCUUUCAAAUUCUUUGUAUGUAUCACAGCAAGCAUCAAGUAGAUGGUAAUUGUAUAGUACUGAUGCCAUUACGGAAUUAAACUUGGAUGAUA